AUGGAGAGACACAGCAGCACAAAGGCGCCGCGCGCGAACCACUCGAAGAACCUGCCCGCGGCCUUCCAGACGCGCGGCGGGGGCCGCCUGCACUCGCCGUCGCCGCACGGAGGCGGAGGAGCUGCAGAUGGCCACGCGGGCGGCUAUGGUCCAUCUGGCCCCGGCGGCGAGGCGGUGGCCGCCACGGCCCCGGACCAGGCGCAGCCCGGCUGGGCGGGCAGCCGAGAUGCCGCGAGGAGGGAGGAAGUCAACCUCGAGUCGUUGGUCUUCCUGAGCCUCUGCCCGCAGCGUCUCGGUCACGUGGCGAUCAAGAAGAUGCUUCACCCGGUAACGCUGGAGCUUUAUUGCCUCGUGGAGUUGCCAGGCGCAGAGCGGCAGCGAGCCGCCCUGCGUGCCUCGCUGCAGGACUGGCUGCUCCACUG